UUAAUUAUAAGAACGACAUUCGGCUGAUUUGAGAACAGAAACCUUUGUGUGCGCGAAGAAAGCAGAGUUGUGAUACAUCAUGAAGUUGUGUAUUUUUACAUUGGUUGGUCUUCUAUUGUGUUGGAGCAAUGCUGAUGUGUACCUUCACAAUCCUAGGGGUUCAAAUAACCGCCUAAAUGAAGCAAGUACCGCGCGAGCGAAUGCUAACAGAAUGUUUGACUCUCAGAACAACAACAAUGGGGGCUACAACGUCGGUGAUAAAGAUCAAGCAUCGCACUCCGAAAACGAUCAAUUUAAUAUGCACUAUUUUCAAAGUAGUGAAUCCCAUAAAAGUUCGUCGCCUGGUCUUGAUGGCAAAUCACUUCUCACAAUUGAAUGGACCAAUCAACAUGGCUGUGGUGACAGAGAUUUGAACUGCAACAUCGUUCUUCAAUACAAAUGUCAAGAUGAUUUCGCACACAGAACACUAAAUUAUGAUUCUCUGAGAAAUGGGGGCACAACAAGUACUUCUCAGUACCACCACCAACAACAUACCUCUCGAUCAUCUAAGAAUAAUAGAAAGCAAUCUGAUUCACAGACUACCUAUGGUCUCCACGAACCUUGGGAAUGGUACGAUAAAUGCAAGAAAAGAUAUCGAAAUAAAGGUCUAUUCACAGCUGAUCAACAUCUCAAUGGUGAUCAAAGCAUCUACACCCGUCAAAAUCCAAACGGCAAUCGUUAUGGUUACGAAUGUCCCGAAGAACGUGAUUAUUACCCAUAUUGGCAUCCUACAGACUGGAUUGAUAUUGCUGUUCUUGCCCAUAAUCAAUCUAUGUGUGAAUAUUAUCGAAAUGAGAGCUUCAACGUUAAAGAAAAAGGAGAAUGUCUUCAGUACUACAAUACAAUUUCUGACGGCUUUCGCCACGAUUCCAUGUAUAACAAUAAACUUGACUGUGAAAAGAAGGGUGGUUUUUGGGUUCAAUUCAUCAACUAUCUUGAAAAAAAGGAAGAGUUUGACAGAAAAACAGAUUGUUUGGCGGCAAGCACAAAUGAUGUACGUCUUAUCUGGGCCAUUCCCUAUCGUUCUGAAGAUAUUGAUGACUUGAGAAUGAGCGGACACAGCAUUGAAUCUUUAAGACGGUGUUUGGUGGCUUUAGAUCCUCCAGAAUGUUAUAAAGCUCCUUACACGAGAAGUAAUCAUUUGGGAAAUGCGCACAAUGUUGUUCCUCUCAACUACACUUGGGUUCUUCCAUAUUUUCCUUCGCGUCGUGCUCAGAGAUGUGUUUUCAGGAUAAGGUAUAACAUUUCCACCGGUGAUUAUCCUCCAUUCAACACUUUCAGUGACCAAAACCAUGCCCAGAAUGAAGGUGUGUACUCUCCUGUGCAAAACAAUCCAACGGUUGACAUUGGCCGAACACAAUUACAAUUAAGACUUGCAAUUAACACGGCGCAAUUUGGACGCACUUUUCAAGACCGAUCCCAUUUAUUCAAACUCAUGCCAAGACGUACGGGCAUUACAAAUAAUGACGUCAUUUAUAAUCUGAACGUCCGUGGUAAACGUGGUAAUAUAGUACAAGUCUAUCCAGCUGUGGAGUAUGACUUCAUUCCCAAACGACUUAAAAUCACAAACACCAGUCUCGUUCACAUCCAGUGGACAGGUUCGAAUAGAAAUCCAUCAAACAAUGACGGACAGGGUACUGCAGGUACUGAUCGAAACAAUAUGGUUGAAAUGCAAGAUCCUUCGGUGAAUUACCCCCUCACUUCUGAAAAAACAUUAACGAUGUUCGAGAAUGCUGAAAUCGUCUGGUCCAGCGAUAUAGAGACCAAAUCAAAAGAGGAUCUCAUUAUAAGUAUGGCGUCGUCUGGUUACUACAACAGUAUGGCACUUUGUUAUCCAUCAACAACCGAUCGUAAUAAUCGUGCUCAGCUUAAUGUAUUACUUAAUAAUGCUCCGGCAUCAUAUCGUGGCAUGUUACUCAGAUUUGCACCAGGAAAAUAUUACUACAUGUGCACUAGAAAUAAUAAUUUCAGCAACCGCAAUCAAAAGGGAAGACUAACUGUGAUAUAAACUGUGAUUGUGCAGUUAGGAUAGGAGGGUAGUGUCGUAGGCAGGACUUAAAUUGGGGCUGUUUAGGGUUGCCAUUGGGGGUUGCUGUUGCCAUCCCUGCUGGUGCCACUGAGUGACGGUAUAUUUUUUAAUGUUUCUCACAUAUUGAGUCAAGCACAAACUGAAUAGUUUCGUAAUGUUUCAAAAAAACUCACGUCUUUUUUCGUAUUAUAAAUAAUCACACUAGGUGGCCGGUGGCAUUGUAAAUAGCUAUUUUUUCCACAAUGAUAGCGCAAAUAAUACUACCGUUGACCUGAUUGUAAGUUUGUAACUGGAUGUCUAUCUCCCACCAAAAUGUUAAGUCGAAUUCAACCUGUGUGGCUGAGCCUCAAUUUUUUUCAAGAACGGGUCAAAGAGAGUCAUUACGACAGACCUUUUGCUACAAUACAUGUAAAAAUUGUGGAAGAAAAAGACAUGUUUAUUUAUAGGAAGACUUCCAGCUAUACAUGGUACAAAAACAGGAAACGAAAAUUUUGUUGUUAACACUUUAAUAUGCUGUUUUUCCAAGUAACUAUUUUAUAUUUGUUUCGGUGCUGAAUCGCUCGAAGUAAUCAAAUAAAUCUAGAAAUUCAAAUUAGAGUAAAAAGGUACAGCACAGAUAAAUUUAACAAAACAGCGUUAGAUGACCAUAAAAGAAGUAAAAUGUAAGUAUGAGUUUAAUAUUUGCCUCAAAACUUAGUUACAAUUUGCUAACAUUAUAAGAACACGUCUGCUUCAUGCAAUAAAAUUUUAUAGAAGAGAA